AUGCUGAACUUAGCAGGCAAUAGAUUUGAAGGGCAGAUACCAAAGUUCAUCGGUGACCUUCACCACCUACGAAUCCUCAUGCUUGCAUCAAACUCUUUCAAUGAAUCUAUACCAGAAGGGCUAAUGAUGUUGGAGAAUCUACAAUAUAUUGGUUUGUCCAGGAACAAUCUGUCCGGUCCCAUUCCUGAGAAUCUAGAUGGCUUGAAAAUGAUGACGAAAACACAAAAUCAGACAACCAUCUUUGGUUAUUUUUACUCCCUCAAGUUCACUAGUGCUCAGCUAGAAAUAGUCACCAAAAGACAGACACAAUUUCUUGUGUCAGUGUAUUCCUACAACACUGGAUUCGACGUCUCAAGCAAUGAUCUUACCGGUAAAAUCCCUGAGAAAAUCGGCCUUUUAAAUGGAAUCCCAUUCCUGAAUCUCUCACAUAAUAAUCUUACCGGGCUGAUCCCACAGACUAUGGGCGAGAUGAUUUCUCUCGAGUCGUUGGAUCUCAGUUACAACCAAUUAACAGGUGAAAUUCCAGUGACAUUGACACUGUUGAAUUUUCUCGCGUAUCUCAAUUUGUCUUAUAACAAUUUGAGCGGACGGAUUCCAACCAAUCCACACAACAACAACGGACCCUCUACCAAUGAAACAACGGAGAACAGAUACGAUCAAGAAGAUGUCCUUUUUGUUCUAGUUAUAUUCUCGGGUUUUGUAACAGGAAUAUCUGGUGUAUUUCUGCUGUUAUAUUUGAUAGAUGACAACUGGAGGAACAGGUACUGGAGGGCGGUAGACAAAAUUGUGUCGAAAAUAGUGAACUCACGAUCUGUCUAUCGCCCUCCAGUACACGCUCCUCCAAUUGUCCUUCAGCAAAUAUAA